AUGGAAAAACAGGAAUAUCGCAUCUUGAUCAAACAUUGUUUUUUGAUGGGAAAAACUCCUGAACGAUCAUUGCAAUGGUUGCAGAAAUGUUAUCCCACAUCUGCUCCUUCGAGAACAACAGUCUAUCGGUGGUUUAGUGAAUUUAAAAUGGGUCGUACAAGCACCGAAGACGCACCUCGCUCUGGAAGGCCAAAAGAGGCUACGAAUGCGGAAAUCGUAAAGCAAGUGCAUCGAAUCGUUUUGAAUGAUCGUAAAGUGAAGUUGCGCGAGUUAGCUGAGGCCGUGGGCAUCUCAAAAGAACGGGCGGGAUACAUUUUGCACGAUGUUUUGGAGAUGAAAAAGCUAUCGGCGCGAUGGGUGCCGCGCUUGCUGACCGUCGACCAGAAACAGCAGCGUGUUGAUGAUUCAACGGCCGGUUUGACGUUGUUGCAGCGUAAUCGAGCUGACUUUUUUCGACGUUUUGUGACGAUGGAUGAAACGUGGGUCCAUUAUCACACAUACGCCUGA